AUGAAGAGAGCAAAGAGACGCACAGAGAGCUCUGGCGGAGGUUCUUUUGCUGCAUUUGAUGCGGAGUCUUUGUAUAGGGAUGCGAGCGACAAGAAGGCGCUUGAAAGUCUUAACGAGUUUCAACGAGAAGCAGAGUUAGCGAGGAGAUAUGAAGAAGUAGCUAGGAGGAGACAGCGAGAAGAAUUGCUGCAACAGCACACAGCAAAAGAUGGGCGGCUGGAGGCUUUAUCAGAUAUUCGUGCGAGACGCGCUCGAAUGAAACAACUGCAAACAAAAGCCUCUGACUCCAGCUCUGAGGGUUCAAGCGAAGAAGGAGAAAUAGUCGUAGGGGGUGGCAGCGAGAUGGAGAUAAGCGGAGACGAGGGGAUCGACGGGGAGGAGACGAUCCCAGCCUCAAGCAGAGUUAAUGAAGAGCAAACAGAUACUGCGAAACAAACUGCCUCUAGAAAGAGACCUGCUGCGCGAGCUGAGGAGGGGGAGGGCAGUUUGUUUGCUGAAGACAGAAACGAGUUAGGAGAGAGACAGCGGAGUUGUUUAUCAACGCGUUUAUUAAGCAGACUGUCUCUGCAGCUUGUGAAUAGGGUUUGGUUGUCUGUUGUUCGAAUACAUCAUAUACUCGGUCAUCCUUCAGCUGUCUCCUUUCUUUCCGGGUGUAUUGUUAAAGUGUCUCCUCCUCAACCUGUCUCUUCUUCUGUCUCUUCAUCAUUACCUCCAGCGACUUACUCAGAUCCUCUUGUAUGUCUUAUUGUUGGACUUCGUGCAUGCGAACCGUAUUACUGCAUGCAGCAGCAAAACAGCAAUAGCAAUAUCAGCAGCAACAGCAGCAGCAACAGCAGCAGCAACAACAGCAGCAGCAGCAGCAAUAGUGGCGGACUGAGGUGUACAUACACCCUAGUCCUUCGCCCCACACCUCGAGCUAGCGCCAAAUAUGAUAGAGAAUUUAAGUUAAACGAGCUUGUAGACUGCCCUGUAACACUCAAAGAAUUUCAAUGCUGGGUUAAAAAACUGCAGCAGUUCGAAACUGCCGAAGACAUCGCCAAACAAAUGAAACUCAAAAUUCAACAACUCGAAAAGUUUACAUACACUGAUGAAGACGUACAAGAAAUCUUAAGAGGACGAGAGGAGACAGGGGGUUUGCUGCAGCGUGCGCGAGGAGGUCUAUUAAAAGAGCUGGUGUCUCUGAAGCAUCAGAUUGCUUCUGUGAUGGAGUGUCUGUCCAGCUCUCGAACAAGCAGCAGCAAGAGACAAGAAUUGAAGGAGACUCUCUUAGAAUUACAAAACAAAAAAGAUAAAGCAGAAGCAGAGCUUAUCAAAUCCAGCUCAAAUGCUGCUCCUUUCCUGUCUCCUCAUGCUCAUACAGACAGAGAAAACAGCAAAAAAGCUACUCGAGUUCUUGCUGCUGCUGCUGCACAGCAGCAGCAGCAGCAGCAGCAGCUAAGACACGGGGCUAAUGCUGUUGCACCUACAGGGGUUUGUGGUGUCUCCUCGUCUUUCAGCGGUUUGUCGCUGUCUAUCGGGGAGACGCAGCAGCAGCAGCAGCAGCUUGUUGCUGCUUAUGUCUCGGUAUGUCUCUUUUCUGUCUCCUUUUAA